UGUCUCAUUGACUAUUUUGGACCCUCAGAGGGGCGGGGUGACUCUCAGAGGGUUGACCUCCCUCUCUCUGCUCCUUUCUAUUCAUCCAAAACUUCUGCCUGUCCUCAGGAUUCCAUUAAAUUUCUGAACCUUUGACUUAAUUUCUUGGAUUUAAGCCGCAAGAGUCAAGAGAUACACUCCACAACAGGGAGUAAAGCAACAUUAUUUUAAGGGAUCUUUCAUUUUCUCAUGCUGGGGGGCCUUUUCAGUGUAUUAUUAGACCUGCUGUGAUCCAGCUCAGCACAACUGUUGCAGGCUUAUUGCUGCCGGAUUUGAACGUUGCCUUUCUUUCAAUCAACUGAGACAGAAAGUGAUUUUAGGAAGGAGUUACAUGCUGGUUUCCCUGGCAACGCAGUCUUUCCCAGGAUUUCUGAGGACCAAAAGUUGCCUGCGAACAUUCGUCAAACUCAAAAAUCUGUCUCCAGCUCCUUUCAACAAUGACCAGCGGUGGAGAGACUGGCCCGCCGUCCCGGUCCAAUCAGAGGACGUUUUUGGAUGACAUCAUUUUAACCUUCAGUUCGCCCAUGGCCUGGCUGCUGGUCAUGGCCCUGGUCCUCACGUGGUCAGGUGUGGCCAUCGUACUGUUUGAUCUGCUUGAUUACAAGACCCUAGCAGACAAUGUCAGAGACAGAAGACCAGGGCUCCCUCCUCCUCCUGCCAUCGCAAAGAGAGGCUUGAAGGCUCGAGCUGCUCUUCGUUCACUAAAGCCAAGCCCUGCUGGAGUUCACAGCGACAUCACGCCUCAGGAGAGCGACGACUGGCUGGAGAUGAUAUGGUCCUUCGCAGCAAGUUUGGUAGCACCUGAUGAGGAAGAGGAAGGUAUUCAUCAGCUCACUGAAACCUUCACAUCUUUCGGUUCAGAAGAACUCUGAGGGAGAGGAGGUGGGAAAGCACUGAGCAACGAUAAGCAUCCAAAGAGGGAGAUGUGAGGAACUGGAAGGAGUUGGAGGAGAAUCAGACACAUCAUAGCAUCAGAAAUUGUAUUUUCUGACUAUCCUUAGCUGUCACCUGAUCAUUAAAAGAAUAUUACUUUAAAA